GGCCGCAGAGGCAGAAGAAGGGCUGUGGGCGAUCUGGUCCACGGCCGGGCCCGGAACCUGCACAAUGCUGUUGGCCCCUCAGGAAGGUUCCUCCUCGAGGAAGAGGACGGAGCUGAAUCGCUGGAGGCAGUUUACGAGGAAGCCAAACCCCCAGCCUGCCUUUGAUCCUGACAAUGUGGAACAUUGGAUGAAGAAAGUGGAGAAAGCCUCAGAAUUUGCUGUUUCCAAAGUUUUUUCUUCUGGAAAUUCAGAUGUAUCCAAAAGACUUCUGGACCAAAUUAUAGAUCUGGAAGCAUCUGAACAAAUAGAGGAUCAUGAUGAAAUCUAUGCUGAAGCUCAGGAGCUGGUCAAUGACUGGUUAGACAUCAGACUUCAACAGGAACUGGCCAGCGAUGGAGAAGAUGAUGCAGAAGCUGCUGUGCCGAGUGUCCCUCCUGUACUAGAAACACAUCACCAUUUGAAAUAUGACAAGUUUGAUGAUUUAUGUGACUAUUUAGAGGAAGAAGAGGAAGGGGACACUGUUAAAAAAUUUAUAGAUCAUCUUCUCCAUAAAGAUGUGGUGGAUUCUGGGGUGUUGGAUGAUCUUCGAAUGAAGGAAAACCAAGAUCAGAAGCAGCAGAAGGAUCCUCGUCUUACCAUGGAGAUGAGACAUAAGCAGGUAAAAGAAAAUCGCUUACGACGUGAAAAAAAACUGGAGUGCCAGCGAAUUGAAAGGAACCUGAAAAAAACAGCAAUUCUAGAGGCUCAGUAUCUGGUACAAGAAGAGAAGAAAAGGAAGGCUCUGGAAGCCAAGAAAGAGGAGGAAGAAAUUCGAAGGGAGAUGGUAAAGCUGCGGAGGGAGAUAAUUGAGAGAAGAGUCACUGUUGAAGAAGCGUGGAAAUUAGAGAAGAAAAAGCAAGAAGAACGUACUUCAAAAAAUCCAGAAAAAUGCGUGUUUCAAAAUGUUCAUAUUCAGCUGGAUGAAGAAAAAAUGGCAAAAGAAAGAAAGAAGAAAUUGAAAGAGUUAUUAAUUCAGACAUUCAAGGAAAAUCACCAGUGUCAAAAAAGGUAUUUUUCUGCCUGGCACAAGCUGAUUCUUGAUCAUAGGAUUCAGCUGGGGAAAGCCGGGACCCUGUCUGACUGGAAGCUUCAACUGAAGGUCCUGCGGGCCUGGAGAGACUAUACACGGUCCCAGAAGCUGAAGCGGGAGACUCAGGCCAUGGAAAAUGAACUCAGAGAAGAAAACAGAAAACAACAAGUGGCCACUGAGUAUAACAGGAAACAAGUUCUUCAGCACCACUUCACAGAAUGGCAGCACUGGCUUCGAGCAGAGACCCUCAAGAGAGAACUGACUGUGACAAAGGAGGAAACCAGAAAGAAAAUGAAUGCGCUGCUGGAGGCAGCGUCUCUAGGGAAACUCUGCACAGGUGGGUCAUCAGCCGUCGGUCCCCACCAGGAGGCAGCAGCUGUGGGAAAUCCACCAGAAAGCAGUGGAGAGGUGACUAUUGUGCCCCCUUUGUGGGAAGAGCCUCUUUCAGGGAGCAGUGGUUAUCUGCCCAGCCCAUCUGCAGAGACACCGACAGAGGGCAGCCUGCAGGUUCCCUUCCACAGUGCUCCUGACAAGGGUCAGCCCCAGCUUGUGGAUGCCCAGCCCGCCAGACCGCCCCGCCACAGAGAGAAGCUCCUGGCCACUAGCCAGAAAGAAGUGCCCAUUUGUGCGGGGCGUGCUCAUAGCCGCCAGGCCUUCCAGCAGCAGCUGAUUGAGAAGCAGAAGAAGAAACUUCAGGAACAGAAGAAGGUCAUUCUGGAGCUGAAGGAAAAGCAGCGGCUGACAGAGGCGCGGUGGGCAAGGGAGCUUGCCGCGGCAGUGACCAGCACACAGAUCCGCCUCCUUUCAAACCCCAGAGAAGAGACAAAAAGAACCAGAAAAGUCCUUUCUGAUUUGCCUCUUGCUUCCCCUGGAACUGAAGAUUGUCAAAGUGAUUCCCGAAAUUCUCUUUCCGGACUCAAAAAGAGUCCGCAGCAGAAGAUGGCACCUCAUCCCAUACUGAAAGCCAUGGAAGAGAGAGCAGUUCAUCGAACAGAACGUAGACGAAUCUUGGCAGAAAAGAAGAAGCAAAAAGAAGAGGAGAAAUUGGCACAGUUAAAGGCACAAGAGGAAGAGCAUCAGAAGAGGGAAGCAGAAGAAAAGGAAGCACAGCUUAAGAAAAAAAGAGAAGAGAAAAGACUGAUGAAGAUGAAAGAACUAGAGAGGCAGAAGAGAAUUCAGAGGAAUCAGCAGCUGGAGGCGUUAGCCAGAGAACAUUAUGAAAGGGUCUUGCUGAGGAAAAAAGGUCUGGAACCUUGGAAGAAAUUAAGACUGCAAAGCGAGCAAAACCUACAGGUCGCCAGAGAACACUACUCUCUGGCCCUCCAGAGGAAAUGCCUGCUCACCUGGUGUCAGUGGAGUCGGGAAAACAUGGUCAAGAAGACAGCUCAGAGUGAUCAGUUUUAUUCGCAAAUGCUGCUCCGAAGAGCCGUCCGGCACUGGGCACAGUACUUGGCUGCUAUGAAGGAAGAAAUACAGAAGAUACGUGAGCAUUUUCUUCAGAAGAAGAUUUUCAGGGCUUGGUGGAAUGUAGCCAGGGAGGCCAAACUGCAGUCUCAGAGGAAGCAGGAGGUUGCAGCAGAGCACCAUACCAGGAGGACUGCCUGGAUUACAUUUCAGACAUGGAAGACAUUCACAAGACUUAUGAAAGAGGAAAGGGUGAAAGAAGAACGGCGAGAGCAGCUCCGCAGGAAGGUGGCCGAAAUCCUUCCAGACUUCCGGGCACCAUCCCCACCCUGACUGUACCCGCAGAUGCAAGAGACAUCUUCGUGUGCCGGUGCACAUGGCCUCGUCUGGUGCUCAGGACGAGUUGCCCCAGGUUCUUUGGAGCCCUGCAUCGACAUGGCCAGCGUUCUAUCCAUUGCAUCCUGAAUCAGAUGAGUUAUUCGGAAGAACUCAUACUUUUCAUCUUUGAUAUCUCUUGGAUUACUAAUCAGUGUUCCAAAGCAUUUAUCACAGUGGGAACACCCAAAGGAACAGUCUAGAGCUCUACUGCUCAAAUAUAUCCUAUAUAUUUUUAGCAUUGUAAACUUUAAAAAAGCCAAGUGUUUGCUGGCUUGAGCCUGUGAGAAAAAUGUGUCCUUAUAGCUCAGUAUGAGUUGCUGACAAAUGUAACUUUAAUUAAAUAGAAAUGAAGAACAAGUAAUUGGGGUCAGGGAUGUAGCUCAGUGCUGGAGUGCAUGCUUCACAUGUAGGAGGCCCUGUGUUCUAUCCCUGACAGCCUCCCCCCAAACCAAACAUACUGAGUCAUUGUCACUGUGGUCAGUCUUCAAGAACCUUAGCAUCAGCAAAUGACCAGCAGAUUCCAGCAGACCCUGUGCCUUUGGCCCACCCAUAAGAAAACCAUAUAUCAGGGCCAGAGUGACAGUACAGAGGGUUGGACAUUUGCCUUUCAUGUGACCGACUCAGGUUCAAUGAGCACCACCAGGAGUUAAUUCCUGAGUGCAGAGCCAGGAGUAACCCCUAAGCAUUGCCAGGUGUGACCCAAAAAGCAAUAUAUAAAUAAAUAAAGGAGACCAUUUAUCAAAACCACAUACAUACAUUGCUGCUGCAAAGAUCAGAGAAAGGCCCCAAAGACUCUCUCUCCAGUGCACCUUAAUAUGCAUGAAGGGAAUCCCCAAAGCUAAUGCCUAUCAAAACAAGCCAGCAAUUCAGUAAAAUGCCUGGUGGUGAUCCCAGAUACAAAUUCUAAACAAAUGAACCCAAUCGGUCUGCUCCACAGCUCAAAUCAGUUUGAUCUACAUAACCAGACUUAAAAGACCGAGGAAACACUCCUUCUGUGAACUGUCUUGAACUGCCUGCCAGUAAAGUUAUGUCAUUAUAAGCAUAUGCUAAUUACACUAAAUUGGAGCUGUCAAUAAAAAAACAACAAAACAAAGUCCUUUGAAGCCUUGAGGAACUAUUUGGUAAGUUGAAAAUUUGAAGUGGUAAAUAAAAUUGUGUUAUUUUCUCUCACUUCCUGGAAAGAAUAGCUGGCUUUGGGGACGGAAGCAAUGGUACAUAGUGGGGAGGGCAUUUGCCUUGAAUUCAACUGACCUGGGUCGAUUCCUGGCACCCCGUUUGGUCCCCCCAAGCCUGCCAAGAGUGAUCCCUGAGCACGGAGCCAGAAAUAAGCCCCGAGCACUGCCAGUUGUACCCACAUCCAAAAAUGGCUUUGUCACCUACAAAAUGAUGUAUUACAUGCUUUUCUGUGGAAAGAUGUAUGUGUUACUGUUAUAA